AUGACAAGACUAAGUGGCCAAAAACUUAUCCGAAGUGAGGAAGAACAUCUUGAUCAUCUGUCACAAGUAUUUCAAGUUCUUACUGAUAACUACUUAUAUGUUAAUCUGAAGAAGUGCACAUUCAUGGCUUCAUCAGUAACAUUUAUGGGUAAACAUAAUUCAGAGACACAAAAGAAGUUGUCUACAUAUGAAUUGGAGUUACUUGCUCUUGUCCAAGAUCUCAAGCAGUGGCAUACGUAUCUGAUACAUAGAGAAUUUGUUGUCAAUACUGACAACCAUGCACUGAAUUUUUUGAAUACUUCUGCUAAAGUUAACAGAAUGCAUGAUCGAUGGCUAGAUACAAUCAACAAAUACAAUUUCUCUGUGAAGCACAAAAGUGGUAAGUUAAAUCAAGUUGCAUAUGCUUUAAGUAGAAGACGACAUCUAUUAACCACAAUUCGUAAUGAGAAUUCUGCAUUUGAUUACGUCAAAAAUAUUUAUCCUGAAGAUGAAGAUUUCAGUAAAUUAUGGAACCAAUGCAGUUCUCAGAAUCAUAGAGUUGAUGAUUUUCUCAUACAAGGUGGCUUUUUCUUUAAAGGUAAUCGUUUAUGUAUUCCAAAAGGUUGUUUACGCUUACAUCUUAUGCGUGAAUUACAUGGAAGUGGUAUUGGUGGUCACUUUGGAAGAGAUAAAACCAUCGCACUUGUUGAAGAAAGAAGUAAUGAUUCUAUAAUGGUCAUAGUUGAUCGUUAUUCUAAAAUGGUUCACUUUAUUGCCUGUAAAAAGUCCACCGAUGCUUCGAAUGUUUCUGCCUUAUUCUUCAAAGAAAUAGUACGCUUACAUGGAGUGCCAAAAUCCAUCACUUCUGACAGAGAUACUAAGUUCUUAAGCUACUUUUGGAAGACUCUAUGGAUGCGCUUGGGGACUGCCUUACAAUUUAGCACCACUUCACAUCCACAAACUGAUGGCCAAACAGAAGUAGUAAACUGUUCACUUGGUAAUCUCAUUCGAGCUAAGUGCGUGGACAAUAGCAAGCAAUGGGAUAUAUUACUACCUCAUAUGGAGUUUCCUCUCAAUACCUCUAUCAACCGUUCUACGGGAAAAAUACCAUUUGAAAUUGUGUAUUCUAAAGUUCCCAAUCAUACACUUGACUUGGUGGUAUUACCUAACACUCAGAGUGCAAGCACAGUUGCAGAUUCUUUCAUUGAAAAGGCUACUGAAAUACACAAUUCAGUAAAGACUAAGAUGGAAAAAUCUAAUUCAUAUAAAGAAAAUGCUGAUAAACACAAGAGAUUGAAGAUUUUCAAAGAAGAAAACUGGAGGACGAGUUUCAUUCAAGAAGGGGGGAUUGAUGCAGAGCAUAUACAUGUUCCAGAAGAUUCCACAUAG